AAAAUCUUAGAAACUCUCUUUGCAUGUGAUGUGAGUACCUCAAUUUCAUUCUAUUUCCUCUACACUGUUCAUUACGCACUUUCGUGCGCACAACUCUCCCUCUCUCUCUCUCUCUGCUUUCCCAUUUCUUCUGUAGAUUUUGGGACCCUCCCACCUUCCAAUCCUCGCCUAUUUCUUGAACCAGAAUCAGCUUUCACCAACUUUAUCUUCUGCAAUUUAUUGGGUUUGUCUCACUCUUGUGAUUGUUCCUGUUGUUCAGUUGAAGAAUGCUGCCGAAAUGUGGAUGAAGUUAAGGUUUUCUGUGCCAAAUCUUGAUGGGUUUUCUCGGAUUGUGUUGCUGAAUUCUGAUAUUGGGUGAUUUCGUAAACUGGGUUGUAUCGGAUCCGUGGAGGUUUGAGUUUUCGCUCACUUUAUGUUUCUAAAUGACCCAGUUUUUGCAUUUCGUUGAUCUGUAGUUACAUUUAGUUAAAGGGUUUGUGUUUUGAAGAAUUUGUUGAUAUUUUGCUUUGAGUGUUUUGUGGGUUUGGAGCUUGUUUUCGGUUCUUUUAGUCAAUGAGGAACACGGGUUUGAGAGAAUUUUGGUUAUUGUGAAGAAUAUUGUGGCGUAUCUUUUGGUUUAGCCAAGAUGAAGAGGCCGAAAAGUGAGCCUCCCAGUGUAAGGAGGUUCAAAUUGUCGCAUUUGUUGUUGGGUAUAGCGGUUUUAUACUUGGUUUUUAUAUCCUUCAAGUUUCCACAGUUUAUAGAGAUUGCAGCAAUGCUAAGUGGGCAUGAUACUGAUGUUGGAUCAGAAGGGACAAUGGAAAGGGACUCAGAAGAUUCGGAUUUAAGCAAACCAUUCUUUGGUUCUGUUUAUAAGGAUGCAUUUCACCGGAAAUUAGAAGAUAACCAAAACCAAGAUGCACCAUUGAUGCCUAGUAAGGAACCAUUGGAAGAGGGAAAAAAUGGGUCUAGACCUAUAAAGCCACUGCAGCACCGAUAUGGUCGAAUAACGGGCGAGAUUAUGAAGCGGAGGAAUAGAACUAUUGAUUUGUCAGUGCUUGAGAGAAUGGCGGAUGAGGCUUGGACAUUAGGCUUAAAGGCAUGGGAUGAAGUGGAUAAGGGUGAUGGAAAGGCGACUGGAGAAAGCUCUAUACUUGAGGGGCAACCUGAGUCAUGUCCUUCAUGGAUAACGAUGACUGGGGAAGAAUUGGUGAAUGGAGACAGGUUAAUGUUUCUUCCUUGUGGGCUCGCUGCUGGUUCUUCAAUUACAGUGGUGGGAACACCCCAUUAUGCUCACCAGGAAUAUGUGCCCCAGCUUGCCAAGUUGAGGAGUGGUAAUGCCAUGGUUAUGGUUUCACAGUUCAUGGUUGAAUUGCAGGGUUUAAAGUCAGUGGAUGGAGAGGAACCACCAAAGAUUUUACACUUGAAUCCUCGACUAAAAGGAGAUUGGAGCAAGCAGCCUGUCAUUGAGCAUAACACCUGUUAUAGAAUGCAGUGGGGAAAAGCUCAAAGAUGUGAUGGUUUACCAUCCAAGUACGACGAAGAUAUGCUUGUUGAUGGACAUGGAAGAUGCGAAAAAUGGAUGCGGAAUGAUAUUGUGGACUCAAAAGAGUCCAAGACAACCUCAUGGUUUAAGCGAUUUAUAGGGCGUGAGCAGAAGCCAGAGGUGACCUGGCCAUUUCCUUUCGUGGAGGGCAGAUUGUUUAUCCUUACCCUGCGUGCUGGUGUUGAUGGGUACCAUAUCAAUGUUGGGGGUCGACAUGUGACUUCAUUUCCAUAUAGGACAGGGUUUACUCUUGAAGAUGCAACAGGACUAGCAAUUAAAGGAGAAGUGGAUGUCCAUUCAGUUUAUGCUACGUCUCUCCCUACUUCUCAUCCGAGUUUCUCACCUCAAAGAGUAUUGGAAUUUUCAGACGAGUGGAAAGCUCGUCCUACACCCAAGAGCAAGAUUCAACUCUUUGUUGGAGUACUAUCUGCUACUAAUCACUUUGCUGAACGCAUGGCAGUUAGAAAAACUUGGAUGCAAGCUACUGCUAUCAAGUCUUCAAGUAUAGUGGUUCGAUUCUUUGUUGCAUUGAAUCCAAGGAAGGAGGUAAAUGCAGUGCUGAAAAAGGAGGCGGCUUACUUUGGUGAUAUUGUGAUUUUGCCAUUUAUGGAUCGCUAUGAGCUUGUUGUUCUUAAAACUAUUGCUAUCUGUGAGUUUGGGGUUCAGAAUGUGACCACUGCAUACAUAAUGAAAUGUGAUGAUGACACAUUCGUUAGGGUUGACACCGUCCUAAAAGAAAUUGAGGGUAUCUCUCCAAAUAAGUCCCUUUAUAUGGGCAAUCUCAAUCUCUUGCAUCGCCCUCUCCGAAGUGGAAAAUGGGCAGUCACAUAUGAGGAGUGGCCGGAAGAAGUAUAUCCUCCUUAUGCCAAUGGGCCUGGAUAUAUAAUUUCCAGUGAUAUUGCUAAAUAUGUUGUCUCUCAACAUGGCAAUCGAAGCCUAAGGCUUUUCAAGAUGGAGGAUGUAAGCAUGGGAAUGUGGGUUGAGCAAUUUAACAGAUCCACAGCGGCGGUCCAAUACUCCCACAACUGGAAAUUUUGCCAGUAUGGGUGUAUGGAAAACUAUUUCACUGCACAUUAUCAAUCCCCAAGGCAAAUGAUCUGUCUUUGGGACAAAUUGGCGAGGGGUCGGGCUCAUUGCUGCAACUUUAGAUGACAAUGAGUAGAUCACAAAAUACCUUCCUCCUCUCUCCCCCACUUUGUAUUUUUCACCCAUUUUGGGUGCUGAUUUUUUGUCCAUUUAGGUUAGUGGGUCAAAUCUGGACUCAAGGAUGAAGAAUGAGAAUCAGUUUGCAACAAUGAACUUUAUCAAAGUAUGAUGUGCUAUAUAUAUAUAUAUACUAUACUAUAUGGUCUCAAUAUAUUCAUUUUCUA